GCGCGCGCUGCGCCACUCCGCGCCCGUCUGUCAGCGCGCACGCGCGUCUCCGCGAUGUCAGUGUGAUCUGUGCGGUGUUUGUGUUUUUUUUAAAUAUUCUUGUAACCAGCCAUGUAUACGCAAGAGGUUCUAAGCAAGAAAGAGUCGGACAUGUCGAAAAAUCUAGUGACGGGUGAAAUAGAAUACCGGCCGAAAAAGAAGCAAGGAUGCAUGAUAGCUUUGGUGGUGGCUGUGGGUGCGCUCGCGCUGUCCCUUGCUGUUUUGACGGUGGUGAGGGAGAUGCAGAUAUCGAGAUUGAGGAGUGAGGUCGAUCAGCUGACUGUCAACAUGAUAGCUGUGACGGCGAACAUCAAAAGUCUUAAUCAGAAGGUGAACAGAGAUUUGAAUGAUUUUAAGACGCUGGAUGAUGAUACGAUCUAUGCUGAUGGCGAGGAAGGCCCCGUGUCCAAAGACUCUGCCAUGGGAAAAUUAAAAGAUGUCACUGUGCUCGAAGAUGACACGGACGAUAUGGAUGAUGAUGAUGAUUACGAUGACGAGGAGAGUGGCUACUGGUACGAGGACUACGAUAGGAGGCCUAAGAAUGGCCACACAAACAUGGUGCACCUGAAACAGGAAGAGCUGCUGGGGUCAGUCGUCACGCAGGGUCAAAAACGGCCUUCCGACCACCCGUCCAACAUACACCAGAUCCACCGAAUGCUGAAUGGACUUGACUCUCAAGUCACAGGGGCGCCGAAGGAGAGAGAAGAGACCGCGGCGCGUGACAAGCGAAGUGUGUUCCCCGACUCCAGCGCCAAUGAGGCCGUCAUUACCAGGCCCGACGACAGCCCCCGCCGUAAGAUGAAGAAGUACUCAAGCUCGGACUCGCCCAAGAUGUUCAACUUCCAGCACACAGUCUCGAGAACAGUACGGAACAGUGAUGACGAGGGCCGGCGGCCGUUCGUGGCGGCACAUUUCCACGGCAACACCAGCCAUCUCAACCCGGAGGUGCACGAGCAUUACAAAGGCAACGGGCUAAUCCGCGUGGCCCACGACGCCCCCCACAACGUGUGGUACCCCGCCCCCUGGACCAUGACGUCCCCGCACCCGCGCCCCACGCUCACCAACAAGGGCCACAUUCACGUGCGAGACACGGGCGUGUACCUGGUAUAUGUGCAGAUCUACUACCUGGAUACCCACGACAUAAUCUCCUGGGUUCUCCACCGCACCAACGCUGAGAUAGAAGGGAGAGAGACACUCCUCCAAUGCGCGCAGUCGUCCCACUCUAGCGAACCCCUCGAGAAACCGAAUUCCUGCUUCUCUGCCGCCGCUUUGUUCUUAAAAGCGGGUGACAGGCUGGCCGUCCGGAAUACCGGAGGGGAUAGGCAUUCGUUGAUGGAGCCAGAAAAGAGUUUUAUCGGUCUCAUUAAACUGGCUGAUGCUGAAGAUCCGAAUGAAGAGUUAUAAUUUUUUUUGAUGUGUCUAUGUUAGGGCCGUUAUUUUUAGCUGUUUGCAGAAAAUAUUUGGUUGCGUCUAAUUAGUACCGCUACUCCUGCUAUAUUCACAUCGAAGCGUUCAAAAAUAUAUGCUUCAAACUUAUUUGUAGAGCCAUUAGUAAAGGCCUUAGGUAUAUGUAUACUUAGGUACCUAGCAACUAUUCGCUUACGAUUUGAUUGCCGGCUAAGUAAGUUCGACGAAUUCAAUUGAUCGAUCAAAGGCUGAAAAUGCUGAAAUGUAUCAAAACUCGCAUGCGAUUUAUUCUAAGGCGAGUAGAGGCCUUAAAACUUUUCAUAUAUUUUUACUCGAUUUAGUGAACAAUAAGAUUUAUAAUUGCAUAUACAUAUUUCAUAUGGAAUCCUGAUAAUUAGACAAAAUAAAUAUUUUCUGCGAAUGGCUUUUUAUGUUUAGUUAGUGUUAACUAUAGUUUGCAUGUUGGCUAUGCUAACUUAACCCGCCGGCCCGGAUGUUUUACAAUAGUGAUAAAGAUUUAUAAUAUAGUCAAACAAGUGCCAUUAUUAUCUUUAGAAUGCCCGUGUUAAGACCGUCACACACGGAUUUUGAAUCUAGAUCUUAAGGUGGCCACUGACGAGCCUUCCAACAGUCCAAAUAACGUGGCUGCAAUCCAAAAUCGGUCCGUGAAUGUAAAAAUCGUACAAUGUUUAAUAUUAGGAUGCCGUCCAUUUGGAUGAAUCCAUUGUAACGGCAUCCAUUUGGAAGGCUCGUCAGUGGCCUGCUUAAAUGUUUAUGGGCUCUGAUUAUUGUCUAUGCCGUAAAUAAUAGAUUCUAUGGUAUUUGAGGGCCUAAUGCGAAAAACGAAAAUCGAUGCUCUUGCAUAUUCGAGCGAUAGAGAGGCAGAUUAAGAAAUUUUGAAUUUUGUAUUUCACGGUAUGGCCUCCGAUAAUGACAAAUCAAUUCAUUCAGUGACCAAAGACAUUAUCGGAGAUGUAAAUAUUCAGAUUCUGAAUUUUAAAUCCGUUUUUUCAGUGUUUUGAAAACUGGCCUAAGUAGGUACAAACAACUAUGUUUUAACAGUGAUGGUUUUUUUUUUCAGAACAAAAAAUUACUUAUCUAUUUAAGUAGUAUCCUUUUCACUUUUAUUUGUAUGUUUUGAUAUACUUAUAUUAAUUUUGUAUCUUUAUAUCAAUCAGACUUUUUGCCUUGCCCUAGAUUAUGUUUUUUGUAUAUCUAAUUGUAACUAAUCAUAUGAGAAAUCAAAAGAUCUGUAAUGCCAUUGAUAUUAUAAGUACUAACUUUUAAUAUACUUAUUUGUAAUUUAUUUUAUUUCAAUACGAGCGUAGUUAAGUUUAUACCUUUCGGUAAAUUUAGUUAUAGUUUAGUUAAGGUGAUAAUACUGAUAAGCUUAAUGUCGUUAUUGAUGUUUUUAAAUGGAAAGAAUAAAAAAAUACGUAUAUA